CGCGCGUCAACAGCAACAGCUAGGAUGUUGCGAUAUCGCCUGGCAGCCAAAGAUUGCUGUGAUUGCAGGGUUUAGACGGAUGGGUUGAAACCUUUCUAAUGUUUUGGUAGAUGUAAAAGAAAAAAUCCGUGGUUGUAUUACAACAUUCAGCGCGGACGGAGGCUUUUUUUUUUUAUUUCAGUCCGCUGUCGACUCGACGCUUGUUGUUUGUGCGGACGAGUAGCGCUAACGCGUCGGCUAAACCCACAAUCACAGUUUUAUCGCAAAUGGGAGCAAUUAAAUAGCUAGACGGGCUGCUAGCUAUGUGGCAACCGACGGCCGCUUCACUUCGCUGAGGAUGGAAAGAUUUUUUUCGGGCAGCCCCAUUGCACAAGUCAGACGUGGGAAACAUUGCACUCGGAGACGUUAUCUUCAGAGGAUAACCUGGAUAACCUUAACCUACACGAAAUGUCAUAGCGCUCAAGUAGCUAGCACUUAGCUAGCUCGGUAAUGGCUGGAAGAGAUGGAGAAGGACCUAAUGUUAUCAUCAGCAUCAGCAGCAGCAUGAACCAUGAACAGCUGGGUGGGUAGCUAAAGGAAUACUUUCUCUGGAGAUGCUCUAGCCUCCUGGGUGGUGUAAUUCACUUACAUAACAGCUAGUCGCAGCCGCUCUAGCUAUCACCGGCUGGCUUGUGUUGGCAAGCAAAUGGGAAAUUUGCCACCAAAAAUCUGGGUUCUCUCAACAUCCCCGUGAGCGACAAAAGGCAUCACUGCGCGAUCCGAGGCUACGAAUAGACUCGUUGGGGGUUUUCGGUCUGUGCUGCGUCGUGCAAUAAUUCAGCACAGGGGAAACUGCAGCUCAUCCGUGCGCUGCGAAUAACUCCUCCUGUCACAUCGGCACCAUGAGGAAGUUCUUUGAUUCUCGCCGGGAGUUGGUCAGCUCCGGGCCCGGUUCUGGAGGAGGAGGCGGCGGAUCCGGGUCCAGUCACGCAGGCGGAAAUUUCAUUGGACGAGCCUUCACCAUCGGGCGGCACCAAGUCACAGUCGAGGAGAUAAUUGCAGAAGGUGGCUUUGCAAUUGUGUUCCUUGUGCGAACAAAUCAAGGGGUGCGUUGCGCCCUGAAGCGGAUGUAUGUCAACAACGAGCACGACCUGCAGGUGUGCAAACGCGAGAUUCAGAUAAUGAAAGACCUUGUCGGUCACAAGAAUAUUGUUGGUUAUCUGGACUCCAGCAUCACAGCCAUGGGAUCUAGGGACGUGUGGGAGGUCCUCAUACUUAUGGACUACUGCAAAGGUGGGCAGGUGGUCAAUCUGAUGAAUCAGAGGCUGCAGACUGGCUUCACUGAGUCCGAGGUGCUGCAGAUCUUCUGUGACACCUGCGAUGCCGUUUCUCGCCUGCACCAGCGGAAGACGCCCAUCAUCCACAGAGACCUUAAGGUGGAGAACAUCCUCCUGCACGACAAAGGUCAUUAUGUGCUUUGUGACUUCGGCAGCGCCACUAACAAGUUCCAGAGCCCGCAGAGCGAAGGAGUGGCCGUAGUGGAGGAAGAGAUCAAAAAGUACACCACCUUAUCAUAUCGCGCUCCUGAAAUGGUGAAUCUCUACAACAACAAGAUUAUCACCACGAAGGCCGACAUCUGGGCUCUGGGCUGUUUGCUGUACAAGUUGUGCUUCUUCACUCUGCCCUUUGGUGAAAGCCAGGUGGCCAUCUGUGAUGGCAGUUUCACCAUACCAGAUAACUCCCGCUACUCUUACGAUCUCCACUGCCUCAUUCGCUACAUGCUGGAACCAGACCCCGACAUAAGGCCGGAUAUCUACCAGGUGUCCUACUUUGCUUUUAAACUAGCUCAGCGGACGUGCCCCGUUCAGAAUGUGAAGAACUCUCCGAUUCCUUCUAAACUUCCCGAGCCGAUCAAAGCGAGCGAGGCUGCUGCGGCAAAGAAGAGCCAGGCUAAACCCAGACUGACAGAUCCAAUCCCCACCACUGAAACCUCCAUCACCCCUCGCCAGAGGCCCAAAGCGGCGCAUGCCCAGCCCGCUGCUGGCAUCCUACCCAUCCAGCCGGCUGCCCUCACCCCUCGCAAGCGAGCUAAUCUCCCUGGUGGCGUGGCACAGCCUGUGGGAGUCAGCUUGGACCUCUCUCAGCCAGCUGCAGCGCUCCAGUCACAGAAGGCACAGAUCACAGCUGUGCCUCUCGUCCAGUCGCAGAACAAUUCAAGUCAAGCCGUGGCUCCGCCCAAGCAGCCACUUGCAGAGACGGCAGCGUCGGCAGCUGCGGCGCCGAUGACCAAGGCUGACGCCCAACCACAAGCACAGCCAGCGGUUCAGCAACAGACCACGCCUCCCUCCGUGGUCAGCUCCGCCUCCCAGCAGGCGGCGCAGACCCCCCCCAGCCCGGCUCCACCUCAGCGCCCGGCUCGCCGCAAGCAGGCCGGCCAGGCUCAGGUGCCAGAGGCUCAGCCCUCUCCGAGCAAACCGGCCUCCGGCCAGCAAGCCGUGCCUCAGACGGCCUCGUCUGAGAUCAGCCCAAAACCAGCUGAGACGACUCCACCUGCUACUCCAAAGACAGCCGAGGAACGAGGACACCAACGCACACCGAGCGACGGUUCGGUUCCAGUGAGUGACUCCGCGCAGCAGCAGCAGCAGCAGCAGCAGCUGGGAACUAAUGGAGACGCUUCCCUCUGUCAAUCUCUUGUAUCUCAGCCGGGCCCUGUCCAGCCUGUUCAGCUUGGUCUUAUUGAUGCAGCACAGGACCAAAGCAAAGCUGCACCCACUGCUCCUGCGUCUGGCGGGGCCGGCAACACCCCGACACAGCCAGCAUGGAACCCAUUCGACGAUGACAACUUCUCCAACCUGACAGCUGAGGAAUUCAAAGCAGAUGAAAUUCCUUCAGAUGUUGAGACAGCAUCUUCAGGAGAGUUGAUACCAGGCCUGCAGGCCUUAACUGUGGAUAAUGAACCUCAAGAGACUGUCGAAAGACCGUCGACCAUCGUUGAUGUGGAAUCGGGAGCCUCACUGCUGGCUGUCCCAGAUCCUUUCAAUGCCCUCCUGCUGUCAGACGCACCAGAGAAGCUUAUAGAGGGACUCAAAUCUCCGGACACAUCUUCGCUCAUGCUUCCCGACCUCCUCUCAUUGUCCGAUCCUUUUGGUGGAGCUGUGGAAGAAUCCGCAAAAGACCCUCUUGCUGCAGACGACUCUCUCCUCGGCUGCUCCUUGAUCUCUGCACCAUCUGCUCCUCCGGCAGCGAGCAGCGCCACCUCCUCCGUCUCCUCCGCUCCCACCUCCGCCGCCUCGGCUUUGGAUGAUUUCAGCCUGUUGUCUGGAGACUCGGCACAGCCUAAAGCAGACUCGUCUCUCCUGAUCUCAGACUUUGAGUCACAGCCAGCCACCAGUGCGGAGGCAGGCGCAGAGGACGACUUUGAUCCGAUCCCCGUGACGGGCCGAAAGAACUCCCAAGUUUCAGGAGGCCACUCGCGCAGUAACAGUGGCGGCUCUGAAUCCAGCCUGCCCAGCUUGGCCCGCUCCCUGCUGCUGGUGGACCAGCUCAUCGACUUGUAGGCGGCCCCCCCUUCCCCGUAGAAGCUGUAACACUGGAUUAUAGACUGGCAUAGCAUAACAACAACCAACACUGUUGUCAUAGCUAGCUUCCUGCACCCCACUGGCUGUCAUUUCCAUCGUAGUUGCUACAGUAGAACUGUCCUUCACCUUUCAGUGCUUCUUCAUUCCUUCCCUUUCCACCGCAUCGACCGCAUUAUCUGGCUUCCUCCCCACCUCUCAUCUCUCAUCCCUCACACUCACGUUUUCUUUGUCCUCGUCUCCAUCCAUUAUGUAGUGUCCAUCGGGAAAGAGCGGCCAAUCGGCCUAUCCACGCCCUUUACUAACUCCAUCUUUCUGUCGAUCAGGAUAUGAUAUAGCUAUCCAGUUUGUUUGAACAAUAUUGCAUUAUGUCUAAUAGAAAACAAUAGAAGAUCAUUGUUGUAAUGUAUAAUAGGCAUAGUUCUAAGUGGUCGUAGUUAUUAUCGUGCACAAGUGAAUUUGUUGUCGUUUUGCCUUUUUAAAUUCUCCUCCCUUGAUUUAUUUGCACAUUUGAAUGGAAGAAACACAUUGCGAAAUUAAUGAGCGUUUGUUCAAAUGAGGUUUAUUUCUGCAAAAAAGCUUCUUUGGAACGUCGUCAGGUAGCUCGAUUUGCACAGUUGCAUAGACGUGUGACCCCUGUCGGCUCUGUUGGAUGGGUGGUGUUUGGUUACGGUGAAGCGAAGUUCUUAAAGGUGGAGUUCUGGACGCGUAUCUGCUAAAUGUCCAUGAAGAAAGGUCACGUCUCGAGUUCUAGACGACUUGUGAGAAGUUUAGGUCUGCUUGUGGGUGAUUAAUGGGACGUUAACAGACCUAGUCAUGUCAGUUUCAGGUGGGCACCACCCACAGUUCCAAAUAUAAACCUAAACUCCUCACCAGUCAAAGCCACUGAAGAAGGCAGAAAACGAAUAGUUUUUGCUUAGUUUUUAGAUGUAACAUGACCCGGACCUACAGACAUAUCUGCUAGAUGGCAACAAAACAAAGUCGCGUCCAGCUGUUUAAUACGAACUCCAAAACAACACGUACUUGCAAAGCAAAUACCACGUUCUCAUUUGCUGCUAUCUUAAGCUUUGUUAAGCUUUGUUGUUGUUUUUUUUUGUUUUGUUUUUUUUAAACCUAUCUCUAAGUAAGCAAUAGGCUGUGUUAAAUGACAACUCGUGGUCAUUUAACUGUGUUAAUAGCAGCGUGCCAUAUCGUUGGAAAAUGCAUGAAAUCAGGAGAAACAAAUCAUUAGAAUAAUCAGCGCUAAUAGGAAAUAAUAGAAGUACGGUAGCAGUUCUAUAUAGGCAGCACACUCACGGCUGUUCCCAUCGUUCCCAUUCUUGGCACUAACAGAAGCAGCCUAAUGCGUCACGCUACCAGUUACUCUUUUGUUUUUAAUAUCGACACGUUCAUUCCACACCGUGCAACCCCCCACUCCACAUUCCCGUCAUUCGUUCCUUCCUGAUUUAUGUAAAUAGAUAUCUGCAGCCCCUGCAGGCCUUUAUCCAGACCGUAUAUAUGAAGUCAUUGUCAUAAAGCUUUACUUGUGGAAGACAUAUUGCUUUACUUGUGAAAUCUCUCUCUAUCUCUUUCAUAUAUAUUUAUAUCCAGAUACGCAGUGUAUCUGUGGAUCUAUAGAUAUAUAUGAAUGACAUUGUUUCCUGUUAAUACAUGUUAAUAUGAAUAGAGUGUUAGAGAAUGAAUGUAAGUAAUAAAUAUUAGUCUAUAAUAAAAUAUAUCUAUGAUUCUUAACACCAUAAUCAUUCAAUGAUAUUGAAGAUUGCUCUAUAUAAAUAUUUCAUUCCUCUUUGUGGAAUUGUGUGUUAAGAUUUUUUUUUUUUGUUUCUUCUCGGUUCUAUUUAGUCGAUACUUGUCGGUUCCAUUCAACUGUAUAGACGACGAUGACCCUAGUCUUUGCUCGACCUGAACGAUCAGGCUGAAUCCCAUGUCUUAUUCCACCUCUGUGAAACCAAGGCGAGCCUGUGUUGUGUUUGUUCCCAAGAACCGAUGACGGAUUAUAUUUUUAUUCACGAUUCCUUGGAAAAGUGGGAGUUUAACUGCUGGAAUUUCAGCCCUGUUUCGUUUCAAAUUGUGCUCUUUUUUUUUCUUUUCUUUCCUUUUUUUUUAAUUUUUUUUCUUUUGCCAGUUUUAGUGGUCACAGAGUUCAUAUCAAAAAGCAUGGCAGUGUUGUUGAAUGUUAUGUUCAUGUGCGUUGGUACACAGUGUUAUGAUAAAGUAUGUAUGUGUGCGUGGAGUCCGAGUUGUUGGAUGUGUUUUCUGGUAGCCUACUUGUGUUGUUGUUUGCUGCAAACAUGGCGACGGUCACGUUGUCAUUAAAGUCUCCUCUGAAAGCACAGUCCCCCACCUCCUCCCGUAAAUUCUCUCAGGUCGUCAGAGCUACAUCAGUCUCUCCGAGAGCUGGAAGUGUACAGUAUUGGCUCCCCCACUCUCAUUGUCCUCUGGAAGUCCGCGCUCCGUAUUACAGUUUACCGAAUUACAGACGUGUAACAUUCGAGGGGCUCUGUGGAGAGUGGAAACGUUACCGGACCUUACAGCGAAAGAUACAGAUACUGCUGUAGCCGUGGUCUGAUUAGCGGUCAGAGUUACGUCAGCUGUUAGGGAGUAGGAAGGAUCAGCUCCAGUCAGCAAUGUAGGUGUUUCUGUAGGAUCAAACAAAGGUAUUCUGCUCUUCAUGCAUGAUCGCAAAGAGAACUCUCACUUUCUCCUUAGACUAUCGUAUUUAUAGUAUAAAUAUUCUGCAAGGAAUAAAAGUCAUUCAAACAUUCAUUUUUAACGAUAAACAAGGCCGAUGUAUUUUAGCGCUGAUUAAAAAAAAAAAUACCAAAUUCCCACAAUUUUGAAAGGUAGUGACUCGAAUCAAAGCAGCCUGUCAGAUGAAAUGAAUUUCAACAAACAUCUAAAUCUUGAGAACUGCACCAAGCACCUUGUUUUUGGUCCAAAUAAGUCUCAAGAAAAAAAGAAAAAACAGCAGAAGAAGAAGCUGUUUCCAGAUCAGCGGCCUCUUUCUUGGGUUGCAUCUGGUGCAGGUGCUGCAUGUGCAUCCGAAGGCUUGUGUUUUUCCCGCCGUCCUUCCACUGAACAGCUCAGUCAUUUGCAGUUACUGUUUGAACCUAUGCAACUCCCGAGCUUUCUCCCCGUAGCCGCCAGCGCGCUGUCGUGACCAGUAAAGCCCGAGCAGGAUGAGUCUUCGAUGUGAAACAGAAGCCCCUCGUUCUCUCUUUUGUUGUUGUUUUUUUUUUCUUUUUUGUUUGUUUGUUUGUUUGUUUGUUAGUUUUUUUGCCAAAAAUUAAACGCUGUCGAUUACCUGAUACUAUUGAGUGUUUUGAGACGCCUCCUGUCGUUAUGGCCCGAAAAAACCAACCCGCGUCAGAGCUGUGAUAUCGUGUGCUCCUUCUAUUUUUGUGAGAUAACUAAAGAAUUAUAACGGGAUGGCAAAUAAAGUACAAAUGUGAAUGUUAA